AUGAGAUCGACAAACGACUUACAUUCGUCUUUGUCGACACUGUCGGCGGCACCCAGUUUGAUCACGAUGAGCAAGCCAAGUUCCAACAACAGCAAAGUCAGCCUUGCACACAGUCGGACAGCGAGCAUAGCCGAAUCCAAUGGCAAAGAACCAAAACCCCCCACGCGAGAAGAAAUGAUUGCGGAACUGCUGGAAAAGGCCAAAUUCUAUACCUCACUGUGUCUAGGUACCACGGCAAUUCUGUCGGUUUUUGCCUUUUUGUUUCUGAUACCAUUCGUGGUUGACCCAGCCAUAUCGACCAUCGUAGCAGAUUACGAUCCUGUUCCGGUAACGUGUGUAGUGACCGAUCACGUGUACGCCGAAGGAAUGCGGAACUGCACCUGGAGCUCGUGUCGAGAAGGCUGCACAACAGCGGCUAUUCGAUGCCACCAGUUGCUGGUAAAUUACACCAAGAUUGCAUAUCAUACACUGCAGAAGGAACCAAGAGAUCUCGAUGCUCUAGAGUGGGACGUGAUGGAUACGAAGUUCCUAGUCAACACGGAAGGCUGUGGCUAUCCACCGAGGGUAAACUGCACUGAGUUUGCAAAGAAAUAUGGGUAUUCUCACGUAGGAGAGCCCUUUCCCUGUUACUACAGUCGUGCCUAUCCCGAGAUGGUAGUGGCUCGCUACUCCUGGGAUGAUAAUCUAAAGCAUCUUAUUCUAUCGCUGAUCAUACCGAAUGUGCUCUUCGCCGUCUCGAUCGGUGUGCUAAGCUACUGGUACUGUCCCUGUUGUGACAAGGCUUGUCAUAAAUCACCACGAGUCUACGCAGAAAAGUAUCCCACUAAAGAAAACAAACUUCUGUGCCGUAGUGACGAUGAGGAAGACGAACUAGACUACUGAAAGUUUAUUUUCGAUUUUUCACCACGUAGCAGCUGAAUUUUAUCAAUUCGGAAAGCCAACAUUCUGCACACACUCACACCUCACACAGUUUUUGUUGAUUUACACUGCCGGCUCAAAAAUCUAUUCCGAAUCCGCUACAGACAGAGAAGAACUCAAUAAAAAUUUUGCAGAAUCUGGAGCAGACAAUAUAUAAAACCUUUUCAAACAGUAACAUUAUUUUUGGACAUAAUAACCAAUUUAUUUUUAGUUAUUUUUUCAAUAGCUGCAUGCCUCUUUUCAUACAUCUUUGCUCAUCAGUUUUUUUACGAGCUGUGCUCAUUGAACUUUUAAAAUCUUACUAGCUUGAGCAUUGAGAAAAGUGCUUUCAACGGGUUAAAUACUCUUUUCAUCGUCACGUUAAGAAAAAUUAAGUUUUAUCAUUCAUUAUUUGGAGAAUCAAAACUUUGCACCAUUUAGCAUGGCAAUAAACGAGCUCUCGGCAUUAUUCCACUUUGCAAUAAUUAUUGAUGGAAACAAUGAAACCUAUUACAAUCAUUCAGUGGAUGAAUGUUUCUUGUAAAUAAUAUGUAUAUGAAAAAAAACAUUGUAAAUGUAAAUGUAAAUACAACCAAAAUAAACGUCGCGAAAUAGUAUAAUAAACACCCAUUGCCAUGGACAACAUUCUUGCCACUAAUAGUGAAUUUUAAGCAACAUAGUAUUGUUGAAAACGUCAUUUGAUUUCGACGAGGCAUUAAGUGAUAUUUUGGAUAGUCCCACUCAGUAUAACAAAUGGAUAUCGCGAGUUCGGUUCCCAUACUUAUACUUUAUGUUAUCACACUGUUUAGAAUACUAAUAUUUUCGUUAUCUCUUUUCUAGUUACCUAUUAAAAAAAACAUUACUAAACACUUCGUAUUACAUGUAUUUUCCUUUUCUAUCAAUCGAUUCUCUUGUCAUUCUGAUUGUUUCUUGAUUAUUACAACAUCAACACAACCAAUAACCACCACACUAUCCGAUUGCAUACUGGUGACCACCGCUUGUCCACUGAUCAGUAAAGAGUCAUGGAACAUUGACCUUCCUAACGAAUACAUUAGCAAAAUAUGAGAUAUAGAAAAAUCCCUGGACCCAGGAACUUCAGCUAGAGUACCAGAUGAACUCAGCUCACCCCAGAGCCAUCGAGCAGAUUUCAACAACGUUCGUCAACAGCAUUCAACUAGUCUCCAGUCAUCAGAAGUAGUCGCAUAGCUGUUUUUCCAUCAAUACAUAUUAUUUCGUUCGAAUUACGUCAUUUUUGGUCACAUUUUAAAAAUGAGUAUGCACUUAAUGUCAUAUUUUAGCUAGAAGCGAAAUCCAAAAAAAAAACUAUAUAUUAUAAAGCAGCCAUAUUUUAACGUCAGCUAAAAUUUACAAACGGUGCGAGUAAAGUCAGGAAUGUUAAGUGCUUCAAAGUUUAAUAGUUUUGAUUCGUCAACUAGUAUUUAAUAGAAAAAUAUGAUAUAAGCACCUUUCACUUGAAAAGGAUUCUUUUACAAAUUAUGAAACAAAGUAAAACGCUACUACUGUCACGCUUGAUCAUUGAAGUUCAAACUUUGUCGAUUAGUGCUGAUACGUAUAAUAAAACACAACUUCGCACACAAGAUAGUUUUGUAAUUUUUGAAAACUAAGAGAAAGUUUAUGAAAUAAUAAAACAGCGCUUUGAAAUACGAAAA